AUGGCCUAUUAUCCGCGCGCUGAGAGCCUCCGCCCAGCCGCGGGGGCUACUGACUCCCUCGCGGACAGCGCCCACGCCAAACGCCAGCUUGAUGCCCUAAUGACCUUCGUUAAAGAGCACAACUCCUUCAGGGAGCUUAAUGGGGUCGCUGGUUUCUCAGGUAGCAGUGCGAGUCGCCUCCGUGCACCGUCAGUACCAAAUAUCGAGCAGCUAUCGAUAGACGACUCGAGGGCUUGGGGUCCCCAGCUUUCCCCAUGCGACGGUCCUGCACAUAUCUCGCCAUCAGUAUCGCCGCGCCAAAGCAUGGUAUCACACCCGGAUGCACAUGGACACGCCCGGAACCAGUCUGGCGGCACUGGUUACCUGUCUGUAUCGUCGGAGUCUUCUUCCAUCCCUCGCGAGACCUCCUUGCUCUACUCGCGGGCCAGCUCGCUGCUCCUGGAGGGGAUGGGGACAGACGGUGUCUUUUUCCUAAACGCACCAAGGAGUAAUUCUAGAAGCAGCUCUAGAAGGUCCUCAUGUGUCAGUCCUUGGGAACUGAAUGCAAGGUCUGAAUUUCCCGCUGUUCGACGCGGGUCUAUAAGUCUUUCAUCCGAUAGUGAAUGGCAUGAAAGGCCCUGCGAGUUACUCGGGUCUGCUGUCUGCAACAGGGUUCAGGACAGUUGUGAUAUGAAUUCCUGUUCAUUGACAAAAGGGCUGCUGCAUGAGCUUUUCAUGGCCUUUCCACAGGGAAAAAUCUUCAAUUCCCUACCCAACCCAGCAGACGAUGCAAUCAAUCCACUCUUAGUGGAAGGCCUAGCACAGAGCAUCCCAAAUGCACAUUCCGUACUUUUUAUGCCCUUCUGGGACUGGGACAAGACUCGUUGGAUAGCUGCCGCCGUUACUUGGACAAGCCAUGCCAAUUUCACAGAAAAUGACCAGCACUACAUGCAGGCUUUUAGUGAUGCGAUGGUCUCCCAGCUGGCCCAGAUCGAUCGUGUUGCAACAGAAAGGACAAAGUAUGAUCUGCUCUCCUCUGUGAGCCAUGAGCUUCGGUCGCCUUUGCACGGCAUGCUCGCCAAUUCCGAGCUCUUGCAGUCGAACUGUCUAGAUCCUUCUCAGCAGGAGAUGCUAAAGAUGAUCAAAACAUGUGGAAAUACUUUGUUGGAUACGAUGAACCAUCUACUCGACUUUGCUAAAAUCAACAAUCUCACCAACUUGAACAAACUCCCUUCCAAGGGUGGCCAAAUGGAUGAGAUGGCGUCGGAUUUCGAUCUUGAUGUCCUGGUAGAGGACGUUACUGACUCGCUCUACGCUGGUAACCGGGCCUCCUGUAAAAGGACUGAGAACAAUGCGCCGCAUUCUCCCGACGAUCUUACUGUUAUUGCAUGUGUCGAGCAGCGUGACUCUUGGAAGGUCCAGUCUGUCUCUGGCGCCUGGAGACGAAUCAUCAUGAACGUACUAGGCAAUGCGUUCAAAUUCACACAGUCGGGACUGAUAGAAGUCUCAUUGACCCAUACACAAAUGCGCCGCAACGGGUCCAGGUCCAGCCUUGCGGUUAUACAGAUCACUGACACAGGGUGUGGGAUCUCUCGGGACUACCUUGACAACGGAAUAUUCAUUCCAUUCUCCCAGGAAAACAUCCUAACCGAAGGCGUUGGCCUUGGGCUUAGUAUCGCACACCAACUGAUAACGCAUCUGGGCGGCCAGCUUGACGUUAAGAGUGAGGCUGGCGCUGGGACGCGAGUUGAGAUUCGGAUUCCCAUUCAGUUUACCGAGGCAACUCCCACUCUUGCGCCGAAUGGUUACAGAAGGACAUGGAAGAAGAAACUAGUCUGCCUCGUGGGUAUGAAUCCAGACAUCUGCAGCAGGAAUGCAAGGAAUGAAGCCGAAAUCAGGCGCAAGCUUGCGAUUCAGGAUGCCAUGAGCAGCACGCUUCUACGACAUCGCAGUUGCAGGCUGUCAUUCAGCGACAGUUUGGAUCAUGCCAACGGGGAUAUUGCAGUCGUUGAGGAAUCCAUGCUCGGAGGUCUUGCUGCAGCAGGUCCGGUGGAGACUACGUGCAAGUCUCUCAUUGUGCUUGGGAGGUAUGGCAGCUCAACUCCGAUAGACCAGACCUUUCAAGGCGCAGUGAACGUAGUCUAUAUUCCACAGCCACUCAUACCCCGAAGGGUCUUCCAAGCACUAGAAAGACUUGGAGUACUGGUCCCCAGUGGCAGUCCGGAUAGGUCUUUCCUGGACUCUGCGUCUGAAUCCAGCCAAGGAAACUCUCUUGCUGAGGUUUUCGCCAUGGCCAAAGCCUUGGAGUCCCCGCCAGCAGUUAGGGAGAGUCUAUCAGAGUACCCUUUCCGACCACCAGAGCCUCGAGAGAAAGGCCUGCACGUUUUAAUCGUCGAUGACAAUGACAUCAACCUGAAGGUCUUAUCUACAUUCAUGCGCAAAAUAGGCUGUCCAUACGAGACCGCGUCCAACGGCCAAAUCGCCGUUGAGAAAUACAAAGCAGCCCAACCACAAUUCGACUACGUUUUAAUGGAUAUAUCAAUGCCCGUCAUGAACGGGAUCGUCGCGUCGAGCAUCAUCCGCGACUACGAAGGAGAGGCCUGUCUCCGGCGGUCAACAAUUAUGGCUGUAACGGGGGUCGGCUCGAGCGAGGUACAAGAGGAAGCCUUUACUGCUGGGAUAGACGAGUAUCUUGUGAAGCCAUUGGCGCUUUCCGAUCUGAAACGAAUCAUGGGCAUAUCUUGA